GUACAUUUUGUACAGUGGCACUUAAUGUCAUGUUUCUGUCGCCCCUGCCUUCAUGUCGGGCGCUUGCGAUCAGAGUGGGGAUCGGUGGGGCAGCACUCUCGACUUUGCUCCACUGUCGCUGUUAAUGUCACGCCUCGGAAAGGCGAUUUCUGCGUGUUCGGUGCGCGACACGGGUCCCAGCUGCGAGUUACAUCUCCGUUUCUUCUUCUUUCCCCUCUCCUUUUUCGUCUCUCACUCUCUUUCCCGCAAUGUGCUCCUGUGUUCUCCUCUCCCUACAUCUGUUCUCCUCCCUACACUCUCGACCCUUCUCCUCCGUCCCCGGUCCCAUCUCCAACUCGUCCCCAUUCCGUUUUUCCCGGUCUCCACUAUCCCCGCCCCUGUUGUUGUUAUUUUGGUUGCUUUGUGUUUGUUCUUUGCUUGUUGUGCCUUCUGGUUUGUGUGUGGUUUUGUUUUGUUUUGUUUUGUGUUUUGCUUUUUUGGUUUUGUGGUUUUUUUGGUUUGGUUUGUGUCGCCUGCAGCUGCAGAGCAACCUCUUCGCCAGCCUCGACGAAACGCUGCUGGCGCGGGCCGAGGCGCUGGCGGCUGUGGACAUCGCCGUGUCCCAGGGCAAGAGCCACCCGUUCAAGCCGGACGCCACGUACCACACGAUGAACAGCGUGCCAUGCACGUCCACGUCCACCGUGCCGCUGGCGCACCACCACCACCACCACCACCACCACCAGGCGCUCGAGCCCGGGGACCUGCUGGACCACAGCUCCUCCCGGCGCAUCAAGCUGGGCGUGACGCAGGCCGACGUGGGCUCGGCGCUGGCCAACCUCAAGAUCCCGGGCGUGGGCUCGCUCAGCCAGAGCACCAUCUGCAGGUUCGAGUCGCUCACGCUCUCCCACAACAACAUGAUCGCGCUCAAGCCCAUCCUCCAGGCGUGGCUCGAGGAGGCCGAGGGCGCGCAGCGCGAGAAAAUGAACAAGCCUGAGCUCUUCAACGGAGGCGAGAAGAAGCGCAAGCGGACUUCCAUCGCCGCGCCCGAGAAGCGCUCCCUCGAGGCCUACUUCGCCGUGCAGCCGCGGCCCUCCUCGGAGAAGAUCGCCGCCAUCGCCGAGAAACUGGACCUCAAAAAGAACGUGGUGCGGGUGUGGUUUUGCAACCAGAGACAGAAGCAGAAGCGGAUGAAAUUCUCCGCCACUUACUGAGGGGGGUGGGGCGGGUGGGAGCGGGAGGAGGGGCAGAGCAGGGAG